AUGGAGCUCAGCACCGAGAAGAAGCAGAAGCUGAACGAGAAGGAGAGGGAGAAGAAUGAUCCCCGAGCUUGGGAUGCCUUGACUCCCCCGCUGGCGCAAUGGAUAUUGGAUGCCAUUGCUGCUAUGGGCUUUUCAAGAAUGACGCCUGUGCAAGCUUCUUGUAUUCCUCUCUUCUUAAAAAACAAAGAUGUAGUGGUAGAAGCUGUGACGGGGAGCGGGAAAACGUUGGCAUUUCUUAUUCCAGUAGUGGAAAAGCUAUUGCGAUUAGAAGAGCCCCUUAAAAAACACCAUGUCGGUGCCAUCAUUGUCUCACCAACCCGAGAACUGGCGACUCAGAUCCAUUCCGUCCUCCGCUCCUUGCUAGCAUUUCACGAACCUUCCGCCGACGCCCUGAACCCGUCAGAAGAUGGCGAGACAAAAAGGCCGAUUUCCUCCAACACCGUUCUUCCUCAGCUGCUUCUUGGCGGGACAACAACUCCUGCUCAAGAUCUAAGCAGAUUUCUGAAAAACAGCCCGAAUCUCUUGAUAUCUACCCCCGGCAGACUCCUCGAGCUUCUCUCAUCCCCGCACGUACAUUGUCCUCAAUCUUCGUUUGAAGUCCUGGUUCUGGAUGAAGCAGAUCGAUUGCUCGAUUUAGGCUUCAAGGAUGAUUUACAAAGGAUCCUUGGUCGUUUGCCCAAGCAAAGGAGAACUGGGUUGUUCAGCGCGUCGGUCAGCGAGGCAGUAGGAGAAAUCGUGCGGGUUGGGUUGAGAAAUCCGGUCAAAAUUGCCGUGAAGGUCAAAAGCGCAUCGGGAGAUGAUAAAAGAACGCCAGCAAGUCUUCAGAUGACAUACUUGCUCACCCCGCCCAGCCAUAAAUUCCCCGCGCUCCUCUCGUUAUUAUCAAACCUAGAUCCUACGCCCCAAAAAAGUAUCAUGUAUCUUUCGACGUGUGCGGCAGUCGAUUAUUUCCAGCAUAUCCUCAUCGCCAUACUGCCGAAACAAUUCUCUCUAAUAACUCUGCAUGGAAAACAUCCCCCUAAUGUACGGCAGAGGAACUUUUCAAAAUAUGUUACCGCAGUUUCACCUACAAUUCUCCUGACUACCGAUGUAGCAGCUCGUGGGCUUGAUAUCCCCCAAGUCGACCUGGUGGUCCAAAUAGACCCUCCCUCCGACCCAAAAGUGUUCCUCCAUCGUUGUGGUCGGGCCGGAAGAGCAGGACGGAAAGGUCUCAGUGUGAUCUUCCUUCAGCCCGGAAGGGAAGAGGAUUACAUUCCAUUCCUCGGCGUCCGGAAGACACCUAUAGAACCUUUAAAACGGCCAGCAGUUACUACCACUGAUAAGGAUGCGGAAUUAGUCACAGCCAAGAUACGCAAGGAAGUUCUCGCGGAUAGGGCACUCUACGAUAAAGGCCAGCGCGCCUUCGUGAGCUGGGUUAAGGCAUAUUCCAAGCACCAAGCAAGUAGCAUUUUCCGUGUUACAGACCUAGAUUGGACGGACCUAGGCCGUGCGUGGGGACUUGUACGACUUCCCAAGAUGCCCGAGCUAAAGAAAUGGGAGGGAGAUAAAACACUUGGAGUUCAGUUGGAUAUGACUGAAUAUGCAUACAAGGACAAGGCUAGAGAAAAAGCAAGAAGAGUAGCGAUGGAGGAGGAGAAGUUGAAAGGGCCCUACGUACCCAGUGCAGAGGUGUUGAAGAAGAGAAAGGAGAGAGAGGCCUGGAGCCAGAAGCACGACCAGCAGGAUGUUAAAGAAGAGCGAAGGGAGAAGAAGAGGCGGAAGAGAGAGGCAGAACGGUUGGAGAACAUGACGGAAGAGGAGAAAAAGAAAGAGGCGGAUGUCCAAGCUUUGAUUGAGCAAGUGAAGCGGGAAAAUUUGGAAGCCGCCGCGGUUGAGGUAUGGAAUGGAUUUGAUGAGUAG